AAUCCACCCAUCGCGAGAUCGCUCGUCGCUAGCUUGCCCCUUACCCUCGAUUACACAGUCGUAGUGGGGAUAUACAAUUGUAUAACAUUCGAGCAAGGGGGAGAACAUAACCAGUCAUACGUAACCAUGGCUAUCCAGAAUCUGCUUCCUGCAAACUUCGCCUAUGUCAUUCUGACAUUUUUCUACAGCUGGGUCAUGCUGGCUUAUUUGGCCGUAAAGGUGGGACAGGCGAGGAAGAAGUACGAUGUUAAGUACCCUACAAUGUACAGUGACAAGGAUCCAGUGUUCAACUGCAUUCAGCGGGCUCAUCAAAACACACUGGAGGUGUACCCUCAGUGGCUGAUCUUCCAGUGUAUAUCUGGACUUGCCUACCCUACGGUUGCCUCUGUGUUGGGGGUUAUUUGGGUCACCAGCAGAUUCUCCUAUGCCUGGGGGUAUUACACUGGAGACCCUGCAAAGAGGAUGAACGGUGCCUAUGGGUACAUUGGAUAUUUUGGUGCCAUUUUAAUGUCUCUUGUAGCAGCUCUUCAAUUGCAGAAUAUGCUGUAAUCAGUGUAAUCUACAGAAGAUGAUGAUGAUAAGCACUGAUUUACUGUGAAAACUUCCAUUGUAACACUGGUACAUUUCCAAACUGUCUCUGCAGGUAGACCAUGAUAGUGCCUGAGAAUAUAAGUACUAACUAAUAGCUUCACGCAAGAUUUUAAAAGUGUGACUCCUUGUAUCCAAAUGGCAUUAAAAAAAAAAAAAAAUUAAAUAAUCAUCCACAGCAAUUAUUUUCAUUGUAGGCACAUAACAACCUUCUAAUUUUUGACACUGUACAUUUAAAAGAGGCAGGUAAAAAGAGGCAUGUCUUUGCUAUAUGAUAUACAGUAGUUUAUUGUGGUUUUAAAAUGAUUCUGCACUAUGUAUGGCUUGUGAUCACAAUAUUUUUGUAGCCCCACUGUCAGUCUGUUGAAUGUCACGUCGUGAACACCUGUGACACUGGAAUAGAAACUUGAAUGAAUAUAUUUUUUUACACAUCUGUCUAGGCUAGUUUAACAGAGUAACUAUUAGAAUUGCCAGUAAUUCAAAUGUAACUACAAUACAAAUAACAACAGAAGGUAUCCUAUUGCACUGUGUUACAUUCAUAUGAAGUCAUCGAAUCUGUUGGUUCUUAACUAACUGCAUUUUCUUCUGUAUAGGUUUAUGUUAUGUUUACAGUGAAAGAGGUAACAUUUUACACUGGUGUCAUUUCAUUACGUUCCAAUAAAGAGAUUUCCUUUUUCUCAA